CAAGUGCUUAUUUCACGAGGGAACAUGUAGAGGGGAAGCACAUAGACAGAGGCAACAGCAGCAGCAGCAGCAGAGACACAAGUGAAACUUUUACAUCAGCACACUUGAACCGCGCCAGGCUCAAGGGGACUGGAUUGUUUUAUGCGUAUUAUUCCACGGGGAUCUAGAUAACUUGAACUGCGAGUUGCAAUUCUAUUUGAGCAUCUACAGAGAUUCUAGAGGUGGAAGGAACAUGGCGAGGGGGGUGAAGAGAGCUCACCUUGUUGCUUUAUUAUUUGCUUUGAUGCUCUUAUUUUGGCGGGACGUUUACGCGCAGGUGUCUUUUAACGAAAUAACCGGGUUUAGUUUGAGCCCCCCGUACUUCAACCUCGCGGAGGGGUCACGGAUAUCCGCCACCGCAAUUUGCGGGGAAGAUGAAGCGGGGAGACCGAGAUCUGAUUUGUACUGUAAACUUGUCGGAGGACCUACCUUUGGACUUCCUAGUCAAACGAUACAGGGACAGUAUUGUGACAGAUGCAACUCCAACGAGCCAAACAAGGCCCACCCGGUGAGUAACGCCAUCGAUGGCACUGAGCGCUGGUGGCAGAGCCCGCCUCUCUCCAGGGGGCCUAUGUACAACGAGGUGAACGUCACUUUGGACCUGGGACAGCUCUUCCAUGUGGCCUACAUCCUCAUCAAGUUUGCCAACGCCCCUCGACCUGACCUAUGGGUCCUGGAGCGCUCCCUGGACCAUGGGAAAACGUAUGCUCCAUGGCAGUACUUUGCUCAUUCUAAAAGGGAGUGCAUUGAGAGGUUUGGCAAAGAACCAAAUGGACGCGUAGUCCGAGAUGAUGACCAGAUCUGCACCACAGAGUACUCUAAGAUCGUUCCAUUGGAGAACGGGGAGAUUGUGGUGUCCCUGGUCAACGGUCGCCCAGGCUCUAAGAACUUCACCUAUUCCCCAGUGCUGAGAGAUUUCACCAAGGCCACCAACAUCCGCCUGCACUUCCUCAGGACCAGCACUCUGUUGGGGCACCUAAUUACCAAGGCCCAGAGGGACCCCACUGUCACACGCAGGUAUUACUACAGCAUCAAAGACAUCAGUGUCGGGGGACGUUGCGUUUGUCACGGCCACGCGGAGGUGUGUGGGGGGCGUAACCAAGGCAAACCCAAUCGGCUCCAGUGCGAGUGCAAACACAAAACCUGUGGUGAGUCAUGUGACCGCUGCUGUCCAGGGUUCAACCAGAAGCCAUGGCGUGCUGCUUCAACAGACAGUCCCAACGAGUGCCAACCCUGCCAGUGCCAUUCACAUGCCACUGAGUGUUAUUACGACCCAGAGGUGGAGCAGAGGAGAGCAAGUUUAGACACAUUUGGCAGGUACGACGGCGGAGGAGUGUGCAUCAACUGCCAGCACAACACAGGGGGAGUGAACUGUGAGCUUUGUGCGGAUGGAUUCUACAGACCCCAUGGAUCACCUCCAGAGUCUCACACUGGAUGCAUACCCUGCAGGUGUGAUGCCAGGACUACUGCUGGUUGUGAGAUGGGGACAGGACGUUGCCACUGCCGGCCAGAAUUCACCGGAAACAACUGUGAACGCUGUGCAAACAGCUACUUCGGCUACCCGCAGUGCAUCAGAUAUCCAAUCUACCAGCCCACCACCAAAUCUCCUGCAGGCCAUAUAGUAGAGCCCACUGCCUGCCCUGCUGGUUAUUUCGGAGCACCCAGCUGUCAACGGUGUGUGUGUGACCGCGGUGGAUCAGUGCUGGAGUUGUGUGAUGCGUCAGGGCGCUGCAUCUGUCGUGAUGGUGUGGAGGGUGAGAGAUGUGACCGCUGUCGACCAGGGCACCACUCAUUCCCUAACUGCCAAGAGUGUGUGUGCGACGGCAGUGGUUCGGUGCUGGAGAUGUGUGACGCAUCAGGGCGCUGCGUAUGUCGUGGAGGGGUGGAGGGCGAGAGAUGUGACCGCUGUCGACCAGGUUACCACUCCUUUCCUAACUGCCAAGUGUGCCGCUGUGACGGUGCAGGUGUGACUGACAGGGUCUGUGGGCCCAGCGGACAGUGCCGUUGCCGUGUCAACUACUUCGGAAGUCAAUGUGACCAGUGUGCCCCUGGUUACUAUGGAUACCCAGACUGUGCCUCCUGCCAGUGUUUAGGGGAGGGUUCCUAUGACUCCAUGUGUAACCAAGUAUCAGGCCAGUGUCUGUGUCGCCCUGGGGUGGUGGGACAGCAGUGUGAUCGCUGUGCCGGGUCAGGCUUCCGCUUCCCUCAGUGUUCAGCCUCCAUCACCCAGUGUAACCCAGCAGGGUCAGAGGUCAGCACAGCAGAUCCACAAACGGGUUCCUGUGGCUGCCUGCCCAACGUGGAGGGAACACUGUGUGACAUGUGUAAACCUCUCUACUGGAACCUGGCGACAGAGAACCCCAGCGGCUGUAUAGAGUGUCGCUGUGGCGUCAAAGGCACCCUGAGUGGGGUAGGAGAGUGUCAACAGAAAAGUGGCCAGUGUUACUGCAAGCCCGACGUGUGCAGCCAUACCUGUGACACGUGCAAGGAGGGCUACUACCUGCUGCAGAAGAGGAACUAUUUUGGCUGUCAAGGCUGCCAGUGUGAUGUGGGAGGAGCCAUAGGCAGAGGGUGUGAUGAGAUGUCUGGACAGUGCCAGUGUCGGAAGAACGUAGUGGGCCGCACCUGCACUGAGCCAGCACCUAACUACUACUUCCCCAGCCUGCACCACCUGAGGUAUGAGGUGGAGGAUGGCAUCACCCCCAACGCCAGGCCCGUACGCUUCGGCUACGACCCCCAGACGUUCCCAGGAUUCAGCUGGAGAGGUUACGCCAUCAUGUCCCCAGCGCAGCCAGAGGUGAUCCUAUCGUUAGCUGUGGGCUUCCCCGGCCCCUUCCACAUAAUGGUUCGCUACGUCACCACUACCCCCCGCAGACCCACACAGGGGCGGCGGGAUAGGGGGCGAGCUCGAGCCAGGAUCUUGGUGGUGGACGAGCCUGAUUUUCACACUUGCUGUGACUGGUCAGGUCAGAGUAAGGAAGUGGUGUUUCCUUCUAGCUCCUCCCCUGCCUACCUCACGGUCCCUGGGGACGGCUUCGCUGAGCCCUUCACACUGACCCCUGGGAAAUGGAUCAUACGCAUCCAGGCAGAGGGCCUUCUACUGGACUACUUGGUGCUGCUGCCCAGUGAUUACUACGAGGCUCCCUUCCUCCAGGAGAAGAUCGCCCAGCCCUGCACGUACACAUUCACCGCAGACAGAGACACAAACUGUCUGCUGUAUAAGCACAUGGCAAUGAACAGGUUCAGCUCUGUGCUGGGCUCUCAGGGCCAGUUCUCCAGCCAGUGGAGACGCAGGAGGAGACAGGCCCUCGUCCGCCGGCCAACUCCAGCCCACCCCGAGAUGGCGUCGCUCACCGGGAGACAGGCCCAGUUACAGCUGAGCCUGCGCGUGUCUCCACCCGGUCCCUACAUCCUGGUCCUGGAGUAUUCCAGCGAGGUAGACACGGUCCAGAACGUCAACCUCAUCAUCGCUGGCCAAUCAGAGAGUCAUAUCCAGGCCAGAGCCAACAUCUACAGCUGCCAUUACAGCUUCCUUUGUCGCAGUGUGGCGGUUGACGGAACCAAUCGCGCUGCAGUGUUCCAGUUUACCCACAAGGCCGAGCUUCUUCUACAGACCUCCACAGCCUCAAUGCUGCUGUAUAAAGUGUAUGCAGUGCCCGCGGAAGAGUUCUCCAUGGAGUACCUGGACCCCAAGGUGCUUUGCGUCUCUGUCCACGGACGCUUCACUGAGGACAGUCAGUACUGUGUUCCCAGCCAGUACGACAGGCCCUCCACAGCGCUGGUUCUGGACGCAGCUCGGGAUGCACGCCCCUCCUCCCCACAUGCCGUCCCCCAGCAGAGGGAGAGUGAAGAGUGGAGACGAAGACGACAGUCAGGGGCUGGGGGCUUCCCUUUCCAUGGAGCCCAGAGUGAAGGGGUACUACUCAAAUCUCCCCAGACCCAGAUCCGUUUCAGUGCCAGGGUGCCAGUUCCUGGCAGGUAUGUGUUUGUGGUCCACUACUGUCAAGCUGAACACACCACCUUCCCUGUGGAGGUACGGGUGGAUGCCGGACACACGUGGGCCGGCACUGUGAAUGCCUCUUUCUGCCCGGGGGUCUCCUGCUGCAGGGAGGUGGUCAUCGCUGAGAGGCGCAUCGCUCUGGACCUUCCUCAGCAAGACAUGGCCAUCUCUCUCAAGGUUCCACCGGGGAAGACCCUCACUCUGGAUUACAUCUUGGUGGUUCCUGACGAUAGCUACACCCCUGAUCUCCUGAAAGAGAAGCUGUUUGAUAAGUCCUCUGAUUUCACCAGGCAGUGUGGAGGACCAAGCUUUUCUAUAGACCCCAGAACGUCCUCCCAGUUCUGCAGAGACUCAGCCCGCUCCCUGGUAGCAGCCUAUAGUGACGGGGCCCUGCCCUGCUACUGUGACAAAUCAGGGGCCACGGUGCCCACCUGUAACCCUGUAGGGGGCCAGUGUCCCUGUAGGCCCCAUGUGAUCGGUCGGCAGUGUACACGAUGUGCCACAGGAUACUAUGGUUUCCCCUACUGUAGAUCGUGUGAGUGUGGCCAGCGGCUGUGUCACGAGGUGACAGGUCAGUGUAUCUGCCCGCCCCAGACAGUGAAGCCAGUCUGUGAUGUGUGUGAGAGCCAGACGUUCAGCUACCACCCUCUAGUGGGCUGUGAGGGCUGUGACUGCUCCCCCAACGGAGUCAGGUCCAACGCAGGGAGAGACUGUGACCGUGACACGGGACAGUGCAUGUGUAAGCCCAGGAUCGGUGGGCGGCAGUGUGACCGGUGUGCUGCAGGGUUCUACAGGUUCCCAGACUGUCUCCCAUGUAGCUGUAACCAGGGAGGGGUCACACCUGAUAUAUGUCACCCAGACACAGGACAGUGCCUCUGCAAGAGGAACGUGCAGGGUGCCCGCUGUGAUGCCUGUAGAGACGGGUCCUUCCACUUUGACCCCUCCCACCCCAGAGGCUGCGUCAGCUGCUUCUGCUUUGGAGCCACCAACCAGUGCCAGAGCUCUGGCAAACGCAGGGGGAAGUUUAUGGACAUGCGUGGCUGGCGUCUGGAGAGGGCUGACCAGGAGGAGGUGGCAUCAGUCCUCAACCCGUCCAGUAACACUGUGGUAGCAGACGUACAGGAGUUGCCUGGCACUACCCAGCUCCUCCACUGGGUGGCGCCACCAUCCUACCUGGUAGACCGGGUGUCAUCCUAUGGGGGCUACCUCACCUACCAGGCUAAGUCCUUUGGGAUUCCCAGUGAGGGGAUGUCGCUGAUGGACCGCAGACCUGAUGUCCUGCUCAGUGGCCAGGAGAUGACCCUGGUCCACAUGUCCCCACAUACCCCUCAUCCUGACAGACUCCAUCAGAGCAGAGUCCAGCUAGUAGAGGGGAAUUGGCGUCACUCCGGCACCAACCGUCCUGUGUCCAGAGAGGAUCUGAUGGAAGUCCUGGCAGGGCUGGUUGGUCUGAGGGUGCGGGCCCUCUACUUCACCCAGAGCCAGAGACUCAGCCUGGGGGAGGUGGGCCUGGAGGAGGCCACAGACACAGGGGCCGGGGGCCCUGCCAGCACCGUGGAGGAGUGUGCCUGUUCCCCUCUCUACAGAGGAGACUCCUGCCAGAAAUGUGCUCGCGGUUACUAUAGAGACGGCAGUGGGCCCUACCUGGGUCGCUGUGUUCCCUGCUUCUGUAACGGCCUCGCCAACGAGUGUGACGACAGGACUGGGAGGUGCCUGAACUGCCAGUACAACACAGCCGGGGACAGGUGUGAGCACUGCAAAGAGGGUUACUAUGGAGACGCUGCCCAGAGAUCAUGCCGGGUGUGCCCGUGCCCCUUUGGUGUGCCAGCUAACAGUUUUGCGGUGGGUUGCAGAGAGGUCGCUGGAGGGUUCCAGUGUGUUUGCCGACCAGGCUACGCAGGAGACAGUUGUGAACGAUGCGCCCCUGGUUACCACGGUGAUCCAUUGACAACCGGAGGAAGCUGUCGGCCUUGUGACUGUGGCGGCAACGGAAACAGCUGUGACUCCAGGACUGGUGUGUGCAAGAAUGCGUUGGAGCCAGGGGACACCAACACAGACGAGCAGUGUCAAGAGUGUGACGACUGCGCCGAGACCUUACUAAACGAUCUGGGGCGUCUGGAUGAGGAGCUAGGCAAGAUUAAGACUCAGCUGGAUAACGCCAGUAUCUCCGCCUCCUCUCAGGACCGACUCAGGAUGCUGGAGAAAGCCAUCACAGAGACCAAGAGUCUGGUGAGCAAGUUCAGUUCCAGUGUGAACAGCCAGAAGCCCAAGGUUAGCCAACUGGAGCAAGACACUCUCAGUGUCAACGAGGAUAUCAGCGCUCUCAAAGAAAAGGCGGAUGACAGGGCUGCGGAUGCCCAGAAAUUGCUGGAUGAUGUGGGUAAGACCCAUCUGAGAGCUAAAGACCUGGACACUGAGGCUAGGAACCUGCUCGAGAAGAUCCUGGCCCUGCUGCUGCAGCUGAAAGAGUCUGGUUCCGGUGAUGUGGUGCCCAGUGAGAGCCUGGCUAAGAUGUUAUCCGACGCUGAACGCAUGGUGAAGGAGAUGGAGAGGAGAAACUUCAACCCCCAGAGAGACGCAGCCGACAAAGAGAGAGACGAGGCCCAGAAACUGCUGGACUACAUCAAGGCUAAUGUGACCAAGCAGUAUGAUCAGAAUGAGGCAGCAGCCAAGAGGGUGAAGGGUCUUCUGAAGGACUAUGAGGCUAAACUGAAGGACCUGGAGGAGGCUCUGAAACAGGCUGGGGACAUGGUGAAGAAAGCCAACUCUCAGAACGGACUCAACUCCGAGGCACUGAAAGACAUCCUGAAACGUAUGGAGGACUUGAAUAAGGAGCGGAAGAAGGUCCAGGACCAGAUAGCCAUGGCAGAAGAUCAGCUGAAGGCCACAGAGGACCUCCUGAGAAUGCUGAAGGACAGCAAGACUGAGUAUGAACAGCUAGCUGCCCAACUGGACGGUGCCAGGACUGACCUCACCAAGAAGGUCAACGCCAUCUCCCAGGCCGCGGCCAAGGAGGACAUUGUGGAGCGAGCAGAGAGACACGCUGAGAACCUGGCCAAGCUGGCCAAGGAACUACAGGAUGCUGUGAGGGACUCGAGUGGCCGCUCUGACGUGCGUGAUGCCAUGGACGCCAUUGAGGCCUACAAGAACAUCACAGAUGCGGUCAACGCUGCAGAGAAGGCAGCCAAUGAGGCCAAAGAUGCAGCUGACAAAGCCCUGAAGGAUGUGAAGAAAGAGGACCUGACAAAGCGAGCUAAGAAUCUGAAAGAAAGCGGGAACGACCUACUGAGGGAAGCCAAGGACGCAGAAAAAGAUCUCAAAGAGGCCUCUGAUGACCUCACAGCCCAGAAGAAGCGCCUGAAUGACGCAGAGAAUAAGAAGAAAGCAUUGGAGACGGACCUGCUGGAUGCCCAGGCUGAGCUGAACAACAUCCAGAGAGAUGAUAUAGGAGACAUGCUAGAUGAGGCGAAGAGGAAGGCAGCGGCUGCCAAUGACACGGCCAGCACCACCAUGGACAGACUGAACGCCAUCAGAGAGGAAGUGGACAAGUUCAACGUCAUGCCCUCUGACUCCAACCUCGGCAGCAUCAUGGACGAUGUGGACAAGUCAGUGAAGAAUCUGUUGAACAGCAUCCCGUCUCUGCAGGAUAAGAUCUCGGAGGUGGAGGAGCUCAGCUCUCAGCUCUCCCCCGUCACCAACGUCUCUGAUAACAUCAAUAGGAUCAAGGAGCUCAUUGAGCAGGCUAGAGACGCAGCCAAUAGGAUUGUGGUCCCUAUGAAGUUCAGUGGGGAGGGCCACGUGGAGCUGCGUCCCCCGCGGGAUAUUGAAGACCUGAAGGCAUACACGUCCCUGUCCCUGUCCCUGCAGAGACCAGACCUCCCCAGCAGCCGAGGGGACGGAGCACGCAGGCGGAGACAGGCCACCGCGAUCACAGACACGGGUGACAUGUUCAUACUCUACCUCGGCAACCAAGACUCGUCUAAAAACUUCAUCGGCAUGGCCCUGAGGAAUAACGUGCUGUUCUGUGUGUACAAUCUGGAUGGAGAAGAGUACGAGAUCAAGACGGACUACAUCACUAGGUCUCCCUCUGAGCCUUCCUUCUUUGACAAGGUGGAUCUGCGCAGAAUUUACCAAGACGCAGAAGUGAACCUCACCAAGCUGUUCACAUCCAAUCAGCCGGACCCACCUCAGAUCAGCAGCAAGCAGGGAGAGCUGACCAGGAACCUUCUAAAUCUGGACCCUAGUGACAUUGUCUUCUAUGUCGGGGGCUACCCCUCCAACUUCAGUCCUCCAGCCUCCCUCAACUACCCCAACUAUAAGGGAUGCAUCGAGCUGUCCACCUUCAAUGACAGAUUCAUCAGCCUGUACAACUUUAAGAAUGCUGUCAAGGUCAACCUGGAGACUCCAUGCAAGAGGUAUAGCCAACCAGUGGUGUUUGAGUACUUUGAGGGGACUGGUUAUGCCAAGGUGUCCACCCAAGGUGUCAAGGUGCCCACUCUCCUCCUGGGCCAGACCAUCUCCACUCGCUCAGAGAAUGGGCUUUUCCUCUACAUCGGAAAUGAGGAGAACUACUACAGUGUGACGUUUGAGAGAGGCUACGUUGUCAUCCAUAGUAACCUGCUCAGAGAACCAGUACAAAGCGCUACCAAAGUCUUCCCAGUGAAUUCAGACCAAGCAGAAGUGUUGAUCAUUAUUGAGUCUCAAGGAAGCCAAGAGUUGAAGAUCCGUGUAGCAGGCAAGGAGGUGGUCAAGUCUAAUGUCCAGUACACCCCAGGUGACUUCACAGACUACUACAUCGGUGGCGUACCACCAGCCCUGAGAGAAAGACACAACAUCACCGCCCAGCCACUGAAGGCCUGCAUGAACAACAUCAAGCUCAACAGCAAGUACCCCACCUUCGAGGAAAAAGUGGGCAUCAGCCGGGGCUGUCCCACGGACUUCCUGGCGUCUCGUAAAUCAGAGUUUAACGUGGGGAGUUCUCUGUCAGCUGCUCUCGAAGGCUUCAGCCUGGCAAGGGAUGUCUCAGUCUCACUGGGAUUCAGGAGCUCUGAGAAAAAUGGGCUCCUACUGCAGAACACCGAGUCGAGUGUUGGCGCCAUCGAACUUGCCUUGGUCAACGGCUAUGUGGUCCUGACGUUCAAAGACACAGCGUGGAAAUCUUUGAAAUCAAGCAAGCAGUACCAGGACGGCAAAUGGCAUUACCUGACUGCCACCAGAAGGGUGGCUUCUCAAAGUAUCGAGCUGCGGAUAGAUGACGAGGAUGUGAGAGGGCAGAUAACCUCAAGCUCCUUCAGUUCAAACCCAGACUCUGUGUUCCUGGGGAAAGACACCUUCAAAGGCUGCAUCUCCAACCUCUACCUGAGAAGACCUAACUUUCUGUACAGAGCAGAGGACCUGAGUCAGUUCAGCUCUACAGGACAUGUGCUGCUGGAUAAGUGUAGCUCUGACAGACCUCCACAACUGAUGCUCGACCACAACACCUCCAGGAAGGGUGGUGGUAUGGAGAUGUCAGAGGACAGUCUCUCUGUGUGUGCACACUCUGUUCUAGUCAAACAUGCCUACCACAUUGGGGGCACUAUGAGUAGCCUGAGCUACAGCCUCACUCCCCAAGUGCUCCAGCCCAGACCUCAUUUCUCCCUGGACGUUAGGACCAAGUCUGCUGAGGGCCUGCUGUUCUAUGCAGCCACCAGAGGGGGGAGCUCUCACAUGGCUCUCUACCUGUCCAAGGGCAGGAUCAGGCUGUCAGUAGGCAAGGGGAAGGAGAUCUUCAACAGGGAGAAGUACAACGAUGGAAGAUGGCACUCGGUAAUAUUCAGCCUAGAAAAGAAGAGGUUCCGGUUGGUAGUGAACGGUAUUAGGGCUCAGGCUGGACAGCUGACCAGUGAUGAGGCCACGUCCAUGGAACUGAUCUAUCCUCUUUACCUGGGAAGUGCUCCUGAUUCCUUGAACACAGAACUUAAGUGGAAGCUCCUCCCAAAGCAAAGUGUGAUUGGCUGUGUGCGUAACUUCAAGAUGAAUGGCACUCCUAUGCCCGAGCCAACCACCAAUCAUGGAGCUGGCCCCUGCUUUGACGGACAGACACAGAGUGGGGCCUACUUCUCAGGGAGAGGGGCAUAUGUCAUUAUUAAUGAUUCCUUUGUGGUGGGCUCCAGCUUUGAGGUGGUGUUUGACAUCCGUCCCAGGAGUCUGACUGGUGUUCUGCUCCAUGUGGGGGACUCCAGCAGGCCUCGCCGUGGGCCCAACACUGGACACCACCUCAGCCUCUACAUGCACAGAGGAGAGGUGGUGGCACGUGUGAACAACGGAGCUGGUGAAUUCAGUGUUUCCGUUCGGCCCAAGCAGCCCUUGUGUGAUGGAAUGUUCCACAGAGUUGCAGUAAUCAAGAGGAACAACGUUGUGGAGAUGCAUGUGGACACUGAGGGCGACCACAAAAUAGGACCUCCUUCCUCCUCCACCACUCUGACCAAAGACCCACUUUAUGUGGGCGGCAUUCCAGAAACGUCCAUGCACCCAUCCCUCCCAGUCACAGGGUCUUUUGAGGGCUGCAUCCAGAACAUGAAGAUCAAUGAGGACCCGAUCUCCUUCGAGAGGCUCUCUGGGGUAUUCGGGCCACUCAACCUCAGAGAGUGUCCAGCUGGCUGAGUAGAAUCUACUCCAUGACCACAUCCUGGGACCAGAUCCACUCUCCACUAGCCGCUGCGUGCAAUCUGUUCCAAAAACAGAGAAUGUGUAUGUAUGUGUGUGAGAGAUAGUGUUGAGUGUGUGUGUGAGAGAGAGAAGUGUGUGUGCAUGUGUGGAUGUGUGUCACAAGGAUAUUAAAACGAGGACCAUUUGGACAAGUGGGGGACAUUUUGACAGUCCCCACGAGGAAAAAUGCUAUUUUAAGCACAGGGGUUAGGUUUAGGGUUACCAUUAGGGUUAUAAUUAAAUGUAGGGUUAGUGGUUAGGGUUAAGGUUAGGAGUUAGGUAUAGUUUUAGGGUUUGGGGUUAGGGUUAGAUUUAGCGGCUAAGGAAAAUAGUAUUUUGGAUGGGAAUCAAUUAUUUGGUCCCCACGAGGAUAGCAAUACGAAACUGAGAGCGAGAGAGAUGGGGAAGUUUGGCUCUUUUUACUGGCUCGGAUCUUUGACUCCUUCAGUCAAAAUAAUGAAUAUUUUGACUCAUUUCGUGAAGUCAGUAAUGCACAGAACACGCCGGACCCCCUAACUUCGAACCAUGAACUGAAAACUCAAAAGUCAUAAUUCUACAAGCUUCCUGUACACCAUUCGUGGCUUAUUUGUGACUGAGAUUUGUAAACGUGUGCUUUAAAAAAAAUGUAAAUUUGUUGAUUGAGAGGCAUACAAAUAAGAUUAUUUCUUGAUACAUUUUAAAUUAGGUCUAAUUGUGGCCACACCCGGACUAUAUUGUGAACGACUGUUUGCGUAAUGCAUUGCUUGACUGCCGUGGGGGUGAUAAGCACAAAGUCGUUUAUGAACUGCAGCCCCCGAAAUGAUUUGUUCUCGAGUUCUAGUUUGUUAAGCAGAGGCUGUGUAGGUUUUGGUUCUACAAAGCUCUGUCCGUGAUAAAUAAGUGGCAAUGCCAGAGAAACGUGUAUUUGGAGGAUUUAUAGGUGUAACCGGUGCUGUACUGCACCGCUGUAACUCUGGUUGAUUGAGACUAAAGACGUGGACUUUGGAGAUCAGGUAGUUUUAAUCAAGCAGAAUUCACUCUCUGCAUCUGCAUCCAAAAGGAAAUAAAACAUUUGUAGAUCACA